UGCCCCGCGUGGCCCCGGUCCCGCCGCCCCCCCGCGCCCCGGAGCGGCCGCUGCGCCCCCCACCAGCCCCGGUACCGCAGCAUGGCGCGGCCCCCCGUGCCCAGCUCGCAGAAGGCGCUGCUGCUGGAGCUGAAGGGGCUGCAGGAGGAGCCCGUGGAGGGGUUCCGGGUCGGGCUGGUGGACGAAGGGGAUCUGUACACCUGGGACGUGGCCAUCUUCGGCCCCCCGGACACCCACUACGAGGGCGGGUACUUCAAGGCUCGUCUCCGGUUUCCUAUCGAUUACCCCUACUCUCCUCCUGCCUUCAGGUUCUUAACCAAAAUGUGGCACCCCAAUAUCUACGAGACAGGUGAUGUCUGCAUCUCCAUCCUCCACCCGCCCGUGGACGACCCGCAGAGCGGGGAGCUGCCAUCGGAGCGCUGGAACCCCACCCAGAACGUGCGAACCAUUCUGCUGAGCGUGAUCUCACUGCUGAAUGAGCCCAACACGUUUUCCCCCGCCAACGUGGACGCCUCCGUGAUGUACCGCAAGUGGAAGGAGAGCAAAGGGAAGGACCGGGAGUACACGGACAUCAUCAGGAAGCAAGUGCUGGGCACCAAGGUGGACGCUGAGCGGGAUGGAGUGAAGGUCCCCACCACGCUGGCUGAGUACUGUGUGAAGACCAAGACUCCAGCCCCAGACGAGGGCUCAGACCUCCUUUAUGAUGACUAUUACGAGGAUGAUGACAUGGAGGAGGAAGCAGAGAGCUGUUACGGUGAUGAGGAUGACUCUGGCAAUGAGGAAUCUUGAUGGCCCUCUGGCUUUGCAAAACUUACUAUAAACUACUGAAUUUUACCUCAACUAGAACAAACUGGUUUGAAUUUAGGAUCUGUCAGCCCUGAAAUUAACUCUCUACCUCGCAGGGAGACUGUUCUGCUGUUGCAAAGGAAAUCCCACCGCUUGUCUUUGUAGGAAAAGAUAAACCCCCUAUUUUAUAAACUUCCUUGGGGGUGGGUGGAGAGGGGGAAGCUGUGUUGGGGUGUUCACAAAGCCACGGAAACUGAGGUGCUGGUGGUUCUGCCUGGCUGAGGAGUAACAACCAGGCCUGGUGGUGGCUGCCCCUCAUUUGGGUAUGUUCAGCUUCUCUUCAGCCUCAUGGGAUAGGAGCAGUUUGGGGGUCUUGUGGGGGUGGUGAGUGGUUGCUUUGGUAGGGGGCAGCAUGUGAGUGCUGUCUUGGCUUUAAACACCUUUUGGGGUUCACUCUGCAGCCAUCUGUCCCCACAGGACCCUUUUGCCUUCCCUGCUCAUGAUGCUGAAGCUUCCCUGGCAGCCACCAGCACUAGCUGUGUGGGGAUGAUCUGUGGUUUUUAACUAGCUGGGAGGGACGGGGUCAUGCUGAGUAUUUCUGCUUCUGGUAUUUUUUGGACACUGUUUAAUAAAGUUCUUCCAGGGAA